GCGAAGGGGUGGCUUGAGAGUUGUUGCUGCGCGCACGGCAGCGCUGGGUUGGUGUUUCUGCUGGUGCUCUCGAACAGUCUCUCAUUUGCUGUUCUCUCCUAGCGCUUCAGACCUGAACCGUCGAUCCGGGCCCCGAUCAUUUUGUGACCCGGGGAUAAAAGCGAUCGCUGUCUGCGGGGGGCGAAGAUGCCGGUUUUAUGGGACAGCUUCUCCUCCUCGCUGCCUCCCAUUCCGGAGCAGAGAGAGAACCAGCCGUCCUUUGCUUGGGAGAAGAGCGCCUACCAAGAAGCAGCCAGCCGCGCCGCUGUGCUGGAGAGCUCGGAUUGCGAAUCUCUCGAUAGCAGCUUGAGCUCCGAAGGGGAUGCACAUGAAUACAUGGAUGAAGUAUCCUUGCCGGACUUUGACUUGCUGAAUGAUCCCGGGGAUGAGCUGCUGUGUGCCAAUCUGAUGAAGCUGAUCCAGCUCAGCCUGAACAAAGCAAAGAUCCACUCCAGCCGCUCCUGCAAGCUCCUCAUGCCAAGCCAGCUGGUCACCCAAGUGGGCAAGGAGCUGCUCCACUUGGCUUACAGAGAGCCCUGCGGCUUGAGGGGGGCUCUCAUUGACCUGUGUGUGGAACAAGGGAAGGGAUGCCAUAGUGUGGGGCAGAUUGCUGUGGACCCAAGCCUAGUGCCUACCUUCCAGCUAACCCUUAUUUUAAGACUGGAUUCCCGCCUGUGGCCCAAGAUCCAGGGACUCUUUAGUCCUGGCUCUGCUUUCUCUCCUGGUUUCAGUCAGUCUCUGAAGCUCAGCACUGGCUUCAGAGUCAUUAAAAAGAAGCUCUAUAGCUCUGAACAGUUGCUUAUAGAGGAGUGUUGAAGCUGUCAGUCAUCGCUCCUGGAGGAUGUCACUGAGCAUUUAACUCUUUAAGUUGGUGGCCAGCACCGAACAAAACUGGGAAGGCAUCUUAAAGGGCUGUGGAACAUAAGCUGGUUUUGAGAUGUGGAUCUGCAGCCACCGUAGGUUAGAUUAGACAGAAGUUUGAUUUACAGAGGUAGUAGGCAAGUAGUCAAAAGAAGAAGGCAAGACUUGAGAAUAAAACUGCACUCUCUGCUUUUUAGUAACUUUGACAGGGAAAAAAUGCCCACUCCUGACUAGGCCUGGACACUGUGCUAGCUUUAAAACUCUUGUCUGAUUACGGGACAAUUUUCUCUUGACUGACUUUAAGAAGUACUUUUCCUGACAGCUGAUGUCAUAACAGCAGCAGGGCUGCCACUAAGGGUACGUGAAGGUUGCCCUUUUUUUGGUAAGCUUUUUUUUUUUUAAGGAAGAUAGCAGUAGCUAGUAAUCAAUGGAUAUCCGUGGUGAGGUGAAUGACUUAAGAGUUAAGGUCUAAAGGGACCAAGAAUGCGUAACAUGGUUCUGCAUAGAUGGACCUGAAGAAGCUCCACUACUGACAUUAGAGCAGCUAAAACAGGGCAGCUAAAUAAGGACUUUGGAGUGAAUGGGGGGUGUCAAUCCACUGUGCGCCAUCACACUAUUGUUUGAAUGAAGCCUGUGGGGGGGGCACAGGGCACUAACUGGGUUGUGCCCCAUUUCUGAGUAGGAAUCGUGGCUCUGUAUGUCUGAGGGAGGUGUGAGGGGAUGCAGGGAGGGAUGGGGUGGGGGCAGGCACCCUCACAGUCAGUCUGUAGCGCUUCCAUUGAUUGCCAUUUACAUGGAGUACACUUGAUCAAGUUUUUUGAAGACUUCCUAUGCAACUUGU